GAAGAGCGCGCGCUGUUGAAGUUCGUGCGGGCGAGGAAGAGCGCGGAGAAGUCGUACGAGAUGCUGAGGAACACGCUGGCGUGGCGGGCGAGGGAACGCGUGGACGCGUGCCUGUCGGAACCGAUCGACGACGAUAAAUUGAAACACGUGGAGAGGAUACCGGCGUAUUACGCCGGGUUCGGGAAGACUGGACAUCCGAUCUACGUCGAGCACACGGCGGUGAUUCCGUGGCCGACGAUAUUGGAGCACAUGACGGCGGAUGAGUUUUUGAAGAGUCAGGUGCAGACGCUCGAGUGGCAGGCGAGCGUGGUGUAUCCGGAGGCGUCGCGACGGGCGGGGGAGCCGAUCACGCAGGUGAUUAACGUUUGGGAUUUGAAAGGGCUCACCAUGAGUGGGUUCACGAGCGAGAUCAGGGCGUUCGUGAAGAAGGCGAGCGCGGUGGCGCAGGACAAUUAUCCCGAAGGAUUGUACGCCGCGUACAUCGUCAACGCCCCGAAGAUUUUCUCCUUCGUUUGGGCGGUGGUUAAGCAGUUUUUAGACGCUAAAACGGUGGCUAAGGUGCACAUUUACGGCAGUGGGUCGAAA